GGGUCCCUCAAACCAGGGACGACACAUCCCAAUGCCGACUGCAACACAGGCUUUCUACUUUUUAAACCCUUUCUUAUCUUGUGACAGCCUCGACAGGCCGUUACAAAUACCUAUCCUCACCCACACCCUCGCGCAAUUGGCUCACUACAUUUUUUUGUCAGUGAAGUCUCGACUACGUUGCCUUUCCUUCAAGCUACCCUUACUCGACGAGGACUUCCAGUCUAUACGAGCACGGCCUUGAAGCUCUCUCCACCAGCUACAGCUUCAGACAACACUACUGAUUCCGAGUCUCACACACCGAACCAAGAACCAGGCGCAUAAUCAAGACAUUUGGCCACUCUCCGCCUCCCUGCCAGUCGGCCUUCUCAUCUCUCUACGAACACCGACAUAACUCUCAACCUUUGGGACGAAUCAUCUCUAGCCGGAUCCAAAUACUGGCCACUCGGCCAAAGUGAAAAUGCCUGUCCCGCUCGCACUCGCUCUGCCGGCUGCAGCCGCAGCUUAUUCGUACAUCAAUGCUCGCCUUUCUUUGUGGUACGAUAGAAAGCUGCUUUCCUGUGCGCUACCCGCAACCCUUUCAGCUCUGUGGCGUGAGCGAACGGACCGGUUGAACCAGUUUUACGUCCUCGAACAAGCGGCACAGAACAAAUCGUCUGCCAAUCGCACGUUCAUCAUCUUCGAGGGCAAAACAUACACCUACCGCGAGACUUACGAGCAGGUCCUGAAAUAUGGCACCUGGUUGAGGGAGCGUCACGGCGUCAAGCCCAAGGACGUUGUCGCCAUCAACUUCCAGAACUCUGACGUCUUCGUUUUCCUAUGGCUCGGCCUGUGGUCCAUUGGCGCAAAGCCAGCCUUCAUCAACUACAAUUUGACUGGCAAGCCGCUAGCUCACUGCGCCAAGGCCGCGAAGACGAAGCUGAUGCUGAUUGACCCCAACGUCGCCGCCAAUGUCACUGAAGAUGUAAGGAGUGAGCUGAGCACCGUGGAGUUCGUGGUGCUUGAUGAGAGCUUGCACAGAGAAAUCGACACCAUUAAGCCCAGGCGUGCUCCCGACUCUGAUCGGUCAGAGAGCCAGUAUCAGAAUCUGGCGAUCCUGAUUUACACAUCAGGAACAACGGGCAUGCCCAAACCCGCCAUUGUGUCCUGGGCGAAAUGCAUCGUCGGUGGUGUUUUCACGUCAAACUUCACAAGCAACUCUCCCAAUGACGUCUUCUACACUUCUAUGCCGUUGUAUCACAGCUCCGCGGCCUUGCUAGGAUUUGGUAAUACCCUCGAGGCGGGUGGUACGAUUUGCAUAGGAAGGAAGUUCUCGACCAAGGUUUUCUGGGAGGAGGUUCGCUCCUCCAAGGCCACCAUCAUCCAGUACGUUGGUGAGACCUGCAGAUAUUUGCUUGCAGCUGCCCCACAAGUCGACCCCGUCACCGGUGAAAGUCUCGACAAGAAGCACAAUGUUCGGGUAGCUUUUGGCAAUGGCCUACGGCCGGACGUGUGGAACAGAUUCAAGGAGAGGUUCGGCAUUGACACCAUUGCCGAGUUCUACGCUGCGACCGAAGGCUCAUUUGGAACCUGGAACUUGAGCCGAAACGACUUUGCCAAGGGCGCUGUUGGACGAAACGGCACCCUGUACAGCCUCGUCAUGGGCCUCGACGUUGCCCUCGCCGAGAUGGAUGAGAACAACGAGGAGCCUUGGAGGGACAGGAAGACGGGUCUGUGCCGGCCUGCCAAGGCUGGCGAGCCUGGAGAGCUCAUGUUCAGACUCUCGCCCGACGACCUCAACCGCCGCUUUCAGGGUUACUACGGCAACCCAGACGCAACAAAGGCCAAGGUCUUGCGGAACGUCUUCAAAAAGGGAGAUGCCUGGUUCAGGACGGGCGACGUGGUCCGCUGGGACAGCGAGGGAAGGCUCUACUUCACCGAUCGCAUUGGCGAUACGUUCCGCUGGAAGAGUGAAAACGUGUCGACACAAGAGGUUGGCGAGGCCGUUGGCUCACACCCAUUGGUACAAGAGGCAAAUGUCUACGGUGUCGAGCUGCCCAACCAUGACGGACGCGCAGGGUGUGCUGCCGUUGUUCUUCAGGGCCAACCAUCCGAGGAGGUGCUGAGGAGCAUUGCGCAGCACGUGAAGCAGUCACUACCGAAGUAUGCCUUGCCCAUCUUCCUGCGAGUCAUGCCUCCCGAGGCUAUGCAGACGACGGGUACGAACAAGCAGCAGAAGCACGGUCUCCGAUCCCAGGGUGUCAGGCCGGGCGGCACGGACGCCGCUGGCGAAGUGUACUGGUUGAAGAACAACACCUACGAGCCUUUCUCUGGGCGAGAUUGGGAUGAACUCAACGGUGGACGGGUGAAGCUGUAGAUUUCUAUUCUUGGGAUUAUUUUUACUGCAAGCGAGAUACCACAUUCUUCCUUACUUCAUUCGCUUAGAACAUAGCUAGUUGGCACAUUAUACUCAACACCUCAUACAACCUUGACCAUUCC